CGGCUGUUGGCGAAGAAGGUGAAGUCGGGCCGCUAGUGACGUCACGUCCUCUUUUCGGUGGCAGCGAUCGAGCGGCGACAUGAAGGCAUCGGGCGUCCUUAAGGAGUACAAGGUGAUUGGGCGACGCCUGCCGUCACCAAAAGACCCCAACCCUGCACUCUAUCGGAUGCGCAUUUUUGCUCCAAAUCACAUUGUUGCCAAGUCUCGAUUCUGGUACUUUGUUUCAAUGAUGAAGAAGUUGAAGAAGUCUGCUGGUGAAAUUGUCUACUGUGGACUGGUUUUUGAGAAAUCGCCAGUAAAAGUGAAGAACUUUGGUAUCUGGUUACGCUAUGACUCUCGCAGUGGAACCCAUAAUAUGUACAGGGAGUACAGAGACCUGACCACUGCUGGUGCAGUCACCCAGUGCUACCGUGAUAUGGGAGCACGCCAUCGUGCUCGUGCUCACUCCAUUCAGAUCAUGAAAGUCGAGGAGAUUGCAUCAAGCAAAUGUCGCCGGCCCGCUAUUAAGCAGUUCCAUAAUUCCAAGAUCAAGUUCCCUCUGCCACACAGAAUCCUGCGUCAACAGCACAAACCACGUUUCACCACCAAGAGACCAAACACUUUCUUCUAAAAUGUUUUAAUUUUUGGAGCUGCAUUAAAAUAAAAAGUGUCAAUGACC